AUGGUGUAUUUCAUUCCCGUCAAGCCGGUACCUCUAUUCGAGAAGCGAUUUGUUUGUCUUAGUGAAAAAACGGUGGCAGACUUGAAGGUCGCUCUUGCGCCAAGUAGUUGCACUUGUUAUUCCCUUUUAUCCAGUUUUGACAGCAAUGGCAAAGAAAUCCUACGAUCUUCUGUUUAAAUUAAUGCUGAUCGGAGAUUCUGGAGUCGGGAAAACAUGCAUACUUUUCCGUUUCGUGGAAGACUCCUUCUCGUCCUCAUUUAUAUCGACUAUCGGUAUUGAUUUCAAAAUCAAGACUGUCGAGUUAGAUGAUAAACGGAUUAAACUCCAGGUUCGCACCUAGAAAGGAUUAACUGUCACAUUCCAGAUCUGGGAUACUGCCGGUCAGGAAAGAUUUCAGACGAUCACUGCCUCUUACUACAGGGGUGCAAUGGGAAUCAUGCUCGUUUAUUCUGUAACAUCGAAAAAGUCUUUCGAAAACAUCGCCAAAUGGAUGUCAAACAUCAAGAAUUUGGCAUCAUAUGAAGUGGAGACUAUUAUUGUUGCAAAUAAGGCUGACAUGACUCAACAAAGAGAGGUUUCCUCAGAGGAAGGCAAAGAAGUUUCUAAAAGAUACGAGGUAUGGUAGCAUAUUCCCGCAGAUAAUUUUGUUAGGUUAAACACUUCGAAACCAGUGCAAAGCUUGGGACAAAUAUUAAAGAGGCUUUUAUGGAACUCACAAAGGCUAUCCUUGACAAACAGCCAAAGGAUCAAGACAGUUCCCAACGUGGACAAACCUAUCGCCUUUCUGAACCAUCCCAGCGCCAAAACCAGAGCUGUUGCAAUUUCUAA